AUGAAUAUGGAAGAAUUGAGAAUACAGAAGUGGAAGAUCAGUCAAACAAAAAUCCGUGUAAUCUCCACUUUCUUGUUCAUACUGUUUGGAUGUCUAUUAUUUGUGGCUAUCCCUGCUAUGAUAUUUAAACACAUAGAAGGCUGGACAGCUUUGGAGUCUAUCUAUUUUGCAGUGAUCACUUUGACAACGAUUGGAUUUGGUGAUUACGUAGCAGGAGAGAGCCCGGAUAAAGAAUACCUAGACUGGUACAAACCUGCUGUGUGGUUUUGGAUCCUGGUAGGACUUGCCUAUUUUGCUGCUGUUCUCAGUAUGAUUGGAGAUUGGCUUCAUGUUAUAUCAAGAAAAACACAGGAAGAGGUUGGGGAGAUGAGAGCUCAUGCUGCUGAAUGGACAGCCAAUGUCACAGCAGACUUGAAGGAGACACGCAGAAGACUGAGUGUGGAAAUUUAUGACAAGUUUCAAAGAGCUGCAUCCAUCAAAAGGAAGCUGUCCUCAGAGCUGGGUGGACAACAAAUGCAAGAAUUAACUCCGAGCAAGAGAACAUUAUCUGCCAAUCUACCUGAUGGAAAAGAUACCUUGCCCACGUUAUCAAAGAAUGGUGGUCUUUAUCUCAAUGGGUUAAGUUCUCAGUUUGCCAGUGAAGACAUCUCAGUUAUUGAAGACAUCAAACAACAAACAUGA